AUGUUCGCUCAACGGGUUUUCCGGCCAGCAAACACGCUGAGCCAGCAGGUGCGCCGUUACGCGUCGGCCGAUGCGCCCAAGAGCGGCGGCAAUGGGCUGCUCUACACUGGUGUCGCCCUUGCCGCCGUGUCUGGUGGCUACUUCUACAUGCGUCGAAACACACCCACGGGUCAAGCCGGUGAUGCGCCGCCCUCAGCAGAGGCCGAAAAGAUCCCAGCGUCAUCGGGACAGCCUGCGAAGGCUGCUUUCACGGGGGGCGAGCAGGGCUUCCUCUCGCUGAAGCUCGACAAGUCGGAGAUCAUCAAUCACAACACCAAGAAGCUCACCUUCUUGCUGCCCGAGGAGGACAUGGAGAGCGGUCUGCACGUCGCCUCUGCCGUCAUUACCAAGUACAAGGGCCCUGAGAUGCAGAAGCCUGUCAUCCGCCCAUAUACCCCCACGAGCGAUGUCGACCAGAAGGGAACCGUUGACUUCAUCAUCAAGAAAUACCCUAAUGGGCCCAUGUCGGAACAUCUGCAUAACCUGGAGCCUGGACAGCGCCUCGAUAUCAAGGGUCCGAUCCCAAAGUACCAGUGGACGGCCAAUAAACAGUCAGGACGCCCUUUCCUUCUCAUAAAGCAUCUUCGCAACGCUCCUUAA